AUGGGUGAAAUUAGCCAAGAGGCGGUGGAGAGAUACCUGGAGGACCACCCUCGGUUUGCCAAGGAGUACUUCAACAAGAAACUGCAGACGGUGGCGCUGGGUGAAGCUUCCGAGCGCAGGGAGGUGCAGGGCCCGGCCAGUGGGUCCUUCCCGGGGCUGUCGCCGGAGGAUGAGGCGGCACUGUGCGUGGAGCUGCUCCAGGCCAUGCGGGAGGAGGCGGGCUGCGCAGAAGCGGUGGCGCACAGGGCCCUGCAGAGGCUGGCGCAGCUGCUGCGGGCUGACCGCUGCAGCCUGCUCCUCGGCCGCUCCCGCAACGGCACGCUGGAGGUGGCCUCCAGGCUGCUCAACGUCACUCCGACCUCCAAGUUUGAGGACAGCCUGGUGGUCCCUGACAGAGAAGUUGUGUUUCCCUUGGACAUCGGGAUAGUAAGUUGGGUUGCUCACACAAAGAGAAAAGAUGCCCCCACCCCUUCUCAUGUCCCAGAUGUGAAGAAGAACAGCCAUUUUUCUGACUUCAUGGACAAACACACCGGGUACGUCACUAGGAACCUACUGGCAACCCCGAUCAUGAUGGGCAAGGACGUUCUGGCUGUGGUUAUGGCAGUUUACAAAGUAAAUGCGUCUGAAUUUUCCAAACAGGACGAAGAGGUGUUUUCCCAGUACCUCGCCUUUGUUUCUAUCAUCCUAAAGCUUCAUCACACCAACUACCUGUACAGUGUUGAAUCCCGAAGAAGCCAGAUCCUUAUGUGGUCAGGCAAUAAAGUGUUUGAAGAGCUCACAGAUGUUGAGAGACAGUUUCACAAGGUGCUCUACCCAGUUCGAACGUAUCUGCACUGUGAGCGCUACUCCAUCGGGCUGCUGGACGUGACCAAGGAGAAGGAAUUCUAUGAUGAAUGGCCAAUCAAGCUAGGAGAAGUCGAGCCUUACAAAGGUCCAAAGACACCGGACGGCAGAGAAAUCAUCUUUUAUAAAAUUAUUGAUUACAUUUUACAUGGGAAAGAAGAGAUCAAAGUGAUUCCGACACCUCCCGCAGACCACUGGACUCUUGUUAGCGGGUUGCCAACAUAUGUUGCUGAAAAUGGAUUCAUAUGUAACAUGCUGAAUGCCCCUGUAAAUGAAUACUUCACAUUUCAGAAAGGACCUGUAGAUGAAACUGGCUGGGUCAUUAAAAAUGUCUUGUCCCUGCCUAUUGUCAACAAGAAAGACGACAUUGUGGGAGUAGCUACAUUUUACAACAGGAAGGAUGGGAAACCUUUUGAUGAGUAUGAUGAACACAUCACUGAGACUCUCACACAAUUUCUUGGCUGGUCUCUUUUAAAUAUUGAUACCUAUGAGAAAAUGAAUAAGCUAGAAAACAGAAAGGACAUUGCUCAGGAAAUGCUCGUGCACCAGACAAAAGCCACUCCUCAUGAAAUCAAGUCUAUUCUGAAAUUUCAAGAGAAGUUAAAUAUAGAUGUAAUUGAAGACUGUGAAGAAAAACAACUUAUCACAAUUUUGGUACCUGACUUGCCGGACCCCAAGGCAUUAGACCUGUAUGAAUUCUGCUUCAGUGACUUCCCCAUUACAGAGCAUGAACUGAUUAAGUGUGGACUAUGACUGUUUUUUGAAAUAAAUGUGGUGGAGAAAUUCAAAGUCCCCGUAGAGGUUCUUACCAGAUGGAUGUACACCGUGAGAAAAGGGUACCGUUCCGUCACUUACCACAACUGGCGGCACGGGUUCAAUGUGGGGCAGACCAUGUUCACUUUGCUGAUGACAGGAAGGCUGAGGAAAUACUACACAGUUGAAGCCUUUGCCAUGCUCGCUGCUGCCUUCUGCCAUGACAUCGACCACAGAGGCACCAAUAACCUGUAUCAGAUGAAAUCCACAUCUCCAUUAGCAAAGCUCCAUGGAUCUUCUAUUUUGGAGCGGCACCACCUGGAGUACAGUAAGACUCUACUGAAGGAUGAGAGUUUAAACAUCUUCCAGAAUCUAAACAAACACCAAUUUGAAACAGUUAUUCAUUUGUUUGAAGUUGCAAUAAUAGCAACUGACCUGGCUUUAUACUUCAAGAAGAGAACCAUGUUUCAGAAAAUUGUUGAUGCUUGUGAAAAAAUGGAAACUGAAGAAGAGGCCAUCAAAUAUGUAACCAGUGAUCCAACCAAAAAAGAGAUUAUCAUGGCAAUGAUGAUGACUGCAUGUGACCUGUCAGCUGUAACCAAACCCUGGGAGGUACAAAGUCAGGUAGCACUUCUUGUAGCAAGUGAAUUUUGGGAACAAGGAGACCUGGAGAGAACGGUGCUGCAGCAACAGCCUAUUCCUAUGAUGGACAGAAACAAAAAAGAUGAACUACCUAAACUUCAAGUUGGAUUUAUUGAUUUUGUUUGUACUUUUGUAUACAAGGAGUUUUCACGGUUUCACAAAGAAGUCACACCUAUGCUGAAUGGCCUUCAGAAUAACAGGAUGAAAUGGAAAUCCCUAGCCGACAAAUACAAUGCAAAGGUGAAGUUGCAGAAGAUACAGGAGGUGGUGCUGAUGACAAAAAGUCCAAAACUUGUCUAAUGUUGUAAUGUGCUCCAACUGGUCUAAAUUUCAAAUAUUGUUUAUACUUUAGAAGAAAAACACAAGACAUUCAAAGGAACGUCAGUGAAUUUCAUUCAGCAAACCAUGAAGUAACAUAGUAAGAGGUGCUUCAGAAAACUUACCAUUGUAACUAUUAAGAGAAAAUACACUGCUAGCCUGAAAACCCUGAGGGUAAAAUAAAGUUCCACAGAAGUGCAAAAUAAGAUGAAAAUAAGUGCAUUUUGGAGUGCCAAUUUGUUUCAAAUUAAAAAUAUA